AGCAACAUUGGGCUUACGAACUGUUUGCUCCUAUUCUUUAGCGACUGCCCACCCCAUCUUUCUACUCAUUUGUCACCAUUUCCCUUCUCCUCCGUUUCUGUUCAUUCAUGUCGGUUGGCGACCCUACAGUGUCACCCUUUUUGGACGCGUUCAAAUUUCUGGAAACCAUCGAGAAAGACCUGGGUGAUGACAAUCUUUUCACGCAGUUUUUAGAGCUUCUCCCAGUGUUUGCUACCCACGCAGCUAAGGAGAGUGAAGAGCUGCAGACCCAACUCGUUCCUGCGAUACAUCCCUUUCUCGCCAACUCAUCCUCUGCCAUUUUCGCCACCUUUGAAACCCUUGCGGAAUUGGUAAAACAUCAACCAGGCUUCUCAGAUGGGUUUACGCGGCUGGUGGAGUCUUAUUGGGUUCAAGCCCAUGUAAGAGCAAUUUUGACUUUGGCGGGAUUCGGCGAGGAUGUUUUUCGUGGAUACAUCACCGCUCUCCAACUCGGUGCACCAAAUGCAGAGCAUCAGGACAUUAUGCGACGGAUCUGGAAUUGGUUUGAGGCAAACGUUGAUGCCCGAACGUUAGGAAAGCUUCGCAUAGCGUUCCUUCAGGAAGAAGUUGCUCAGAGCAUGGGGAUGGACUUUGAGACAAUGGCAAAGGCUCAGACGACAAUUGCCGAUGAUGAACUGUAUCACGACGUGCUCAAUUAUUUGGUGAUGUCGCAAAGCCAAAAUAUUUCAUGGUAUCAGAUCUUUGACAUGAUCAGAUCUGUUGUGCUACGACGGAAACCCGCCGUUUGGGAGGAACUGGACGCCAUAUUAUCCGAUUGGCGCAUUGCGAGCGCCGAAGAAUUCCUCUCCAAAGCCCGUGACAUCAUUGAAGACGACGAAUUCUAUGCUGAAUUCAGUGCGCAGUAUAUCGCCGAUUCCGACGAAACAAUGAACAGCCUGGAAACAAUAACAGAUGACGACCUGUUGGUUGAUCAACUUAAGAAACUGCAAAUAUCUGCCGCGUCGCCUCGCCCACAAGGGCCACGGCGUCCGGUGAUAUAAUGAAGGUACUUUACGUCGUGUACUACGACUGAUGUGAGUUACUGGUGCCUCUUUGCUGAUGCAACCUCAUAUGUUAAAUAAUAUCUGCUUUGAAUUUAUAAUUGUCAAAUAUAUGAAACUGCUACCCA